AUGCGUGGGACUAAACAUACAAGUAAUGUUCGUGGCUUUGGUGUAAGACCAGCUUGUUUAGUCGUGGAACCCACUAAAUUUAAUACCAUUUUUUUUGGCUAUUUCAAAGAGCAUGGAAUCAAAUUGACAAAAGAAGAAAAAAUGAGUAAAAGGGAAAAGGAAUCGAAUUCCUAUAGAAUUUGGAGGUCAAAUGUUGUAGUGAAUAACCCAAAGCAUGUAUUUUGUUUCCGACGGAAAUGGAAUUGUUUAGAUCGUGGGAAUGUAAUUCUAAUAGCAGGAUUGCAUGUAAUGGCUUUGUUUGCUCCAUUUGCCUUUGAUUGGGGUGCACUUUGGGCGACUAUAAUUCUUAAUUUAGUUACCGGACUGUUGGGUAUUACGGUUUCGUAUCACCGGAAUUUGGCUCACCGGAGUUUCAAACUACCUAAAUGGCUUGAAUACUUUCUUGCUUAUUGUGGCCUUCUUGCCCUCCAGGGGCAUCCAAUUGCGUGGGUGAGCGUACACCGAUACCAUCAUCAAUUUGCUGAUUCCGAUAAAGACUUGCAUAGCCCAAUGCAUGGAUUUUGGUUUAGUCAGUUGACUUGGCUAUUUCAUACUGAACCUAUUGCCGUUAGGUAUGGUGAAGCCAACAAUGUAAAAGACCUAGAGAAGGAACCUCUUUAUAGGUUUCUAAGAAGCACAUAUAUUUUGCAUGUACUUUUACUUGGAUUGCUACUUUAUGCUUUGGGAGGUUUUCCUUAUCUUGUGUGGGGUAUAGGUGUAAGGUUCGUAUACAUGACUCACGUAACAGGAUUGGUGAACUCCGUUUGUCACGUAUGGGGAAAUCAAGUUUGGAAUACCGAUGACUUAUCCAAAAAUAAUUGGUGGGUUGCAUUGCUUACUUAUGGUGAAGGAUGGCACAACAAUCACCAUGCAUUUCCAUACUCAGCUAGACAUGGUUUAGAGUGGUGGCAAAUUGAUGUUACUUGGUUUAUAGUCAAAUUUCUUCAACUUCUUGGUCUUGCCACAGAUGUGAAGCUUCCUAUUGAAACUCACAAACAACGCUUGUCUUUUGAAACUAAGAAAAUGUAA